AUGCUGACUUCCCUAAGUGCGAUGAGCUUCAACCCGUUUGUGGCACAUGUUCAUCCAGGGGCGAACCCUGUUCCUACCCUCCCCCGCGCGUUACUUCGAAAAGACCUCCUAGAUCAAGAGCAGACACGGAAAAAGACGGAUAUCUCUUACCAGAUUCUUUCGAGCCAUCUGAUGAAGGUCCACUACUCGAUUGCAUCCAGCCCUUGUCAAUAA